UUCAAACUGGGGAUCACAAGACUGUGCUUAUAGAAGUGGAAGGGACAGCUUCAGUAUACCUAUGGAGAUCUGAGGGGCAGACAGACAGACACAGAUUGUCAUGGUAUAAUGGAGGGGACUUGACACCCCUCCUUCAAUCAAUCGACAUGAUUAAGUCCUGAACUGUCAAGGAUCCAGAAUGAAAUAUGGCAGCUCUGACAAAGGAGAGCGGAUCUGUAUUUCUUUUCCCCCGUCUCUAAUAAUUCCUAUUUGAAACUUAACUCUCUGGGACACAGUGGUUCUUGAGACAAGGAUCUGUGAAAUAUCAUCGUUCUUUUGAUCUUUCCAUCUCGACCCCCAGCUUGGACGAGCCCUUCGGUCAGCCUGCAGAUGAGUUAACCGUCUCACGAUGUGUUCUUCAACCCAUGGCCAGAGCAGCCCUUAUGCAACUGAAGUCAUGAAGAUGAAGAAAGGGGAGCUGGCGGCGGGGAUCAAGGAUUCGGAUGGUCUCAUCCAGAGACUGGUGGACUAUGGCAUAUUCACGGCCGAACAGAAGUUGUCUCUGUCCUACUACAAGACAAACCCUGAAAAAGUGACCAGGGUCUUGGACAUGCUGAUUUCCCAAGGGGAACAUGCCUGUAGAAUGUUUUUUUAUCCCUGUCUGAAACAGCUGGAGCCUGACCUGUAUCAUGUCAUAAGAAAAUAUACCAUGGGCACAGAAGAGGUCAUCCCAGGAGCUGAGGGGCAGCUGGUGGGCCACUUACUGGAUAGGGACAAAGAGAGCCUAGAAAAAUCCACCAAACUAGACCACGAAAAGCAGAACACGGGUAUCCAGGAAGCUUCGGUCAAGCCGAAGACGAUUUCUUUUACCGCUAAACAGAGAAAAUUUCCUCCAAUUCAGACUCCUGUGAACAGCCCCACUCCUCCCAUCUAUCUUCUGACCGCCUCAGGUAAGGGGGAUGUAGCUGAUACAGAGAAUGUCCUGGAAGACAAGCAUAUGGGUGAAGUAACAUUCCCGAGAGAAAGCCCGCUGGGUAUGGCAAUGGCCGACGAACCCACCGAACUCCUCGGUUUUCCGAUCGCCAAAGGGCCUAGGGCCGAAGGAAAGGAGGGAAAAGAGAAGUCCCUUCUGCAAAGAGCUGCUGAAAGGGCCCGUGGGGAUGCUGUGAAAAUUCUCCAAGGAGGGAUGGGCAGCAGUAACUUAGAGAGAGAUAUCAUGAUGCCCCUGGGGUUCAAUUUGCAAGGCAGCCAGCUCUCCCUCAUCAAACCGAUCCUGGAAGAAAACAUUGGGACCCCUUAUUAUUUCCAGCACAGGUCAGUCUUCCAAGAGGAGUACGAGGGGUUUCGGGUAUUCCCAGAUCGUGACAAGCUCCUGGACGCCAUGGAGGUCCACAAGGACCACAGGGCAGACCCAGCUUCCAAGUCCCCCGAGAUAAAUAGCUUGGACGAAGCCAUCAAGAUCCUGUUGACGGCUGGGAUCAAUGCAGACUCCAGCAUCGUCCACAACGCUUUCCAUCACGAUGACCAGGACGUCAUCCAGUUGCUGCUGAAAUACUCGGCGGCCCUGCCACGGGAGACCAGGGAGCUGGCUCUUUUCGAAGGCAUCCGGAAGAACCUUCCCGAAGUCGUGGCGGCCUUGGCGGAUGGGGGCACCCCCCUGGACGUGCAGAACGAGCACUACUACACGCCCUUACUCUUGGCGGCCGAGAUGGACAGGACCCUGUGUGCUGAAGUCCUCAUCCAAAGGGGAUCCAACAUGGAGGCCAAAACCUCCUAUGCGGAGUCCGCCCUGCACCUGGCCGUUAAGGCGGGGGGCAUUUACACGGUGGAGCUCCUGCUGGAGAGUGGGAUGAGUCCAAACGUCCAAGGCUUCAACGGCCAGACCCCCCUCCACGUCGCCGCCUGGUAUAACAAACACGAGAUGGUCGGCCUGCUGGUCCAGGCAGGGGCCCAGAUCAACAUCCUCAGCACCGAGCAGAACACCCCACUGCACAUUGCCAGCGAGAAAGGGAACGUGGACGCGGCCAUCCAGCUGAUCCAGUACAAGGCCGAUCCCAACUUGAAAAAUAAGCUGAACAUGACCCCCCUCCACCUGGCCGCCCGGGCGGGCAACAAGACCAUGGUAGAGCUGCUGAUCCAUUCCGGCUCCGACCCCAACACGGCUGACAAAGAGAAGAAGACCCCGCUCCACUGGGCAAGCUCUGAGGGCCACCUGGAAGUAGUGAAAACCAUGCUGAUCCACAAGGUCCGGUUCGGAGCCAAAGACAUGGAUGGUUUUUCUCCCCUCCAUUACGCGGCCCUCAAGGGCAAUGUGGAGAUGGUGAAGCUCUUCCUCGAAGCGGGUAAGAACAAAAACAUCAACGAGCGAAACAUUUACCGCAAGACCCCGCUCCAUUUGGCGGCUGAACAAGGCCAUGGGGACUUGAUCAAGUUGCUGCUGAGUUGCGGGGCGGCCGUGAACGCCUUGGACAACAACCGAGACACCCCGCUCCACUGCGCUUGCAAAACUGGGCACUGGAGCUCCGUCACCUCCAUGAUAAACUAUUCUCAGGGGGAGAAACCUGACUUGCAGGCAGUCAACAGCCUCGGGAAGACACCCCUUCAGGUGGCGGAGGGCACCGUCAUAGAGAACCAAGAGCAGAUUGUGACCCUAUUGAAAAAAAAAAUGUUCUUAACCAGAUAAUUGCCUGAGAGAAACGGAGGGGAUUCAUUUACUUAUUCUGGAGGCAUAUCUAUAAUUCUAAUAAAAAGGAUACUUCACUA